AUCGGGAGUAUAUAUAUAAAAUAGUGUAUAUUCAUAUCUAAAUUUUUAAAAAUAAUUUAUUUGAAGAUGUUCAGGAUAACGUUGUUAUUUACAAUAAGUUUGGUGGCUCUGAGUUUAGCUAAUCAGGAUGAUUAUACUGGAUACAAAGUAUAUAAAAUAUUGCCAAAAAAUGAAGAUGAAUUGAAAACAAUUCAAACAUUAAUUAAACAUCCACAAGUGGACGUAUGGACAUCAUCCAAAUUAAUAGGACAUCCAACAGUGCUUAUGGUUCCACCAACAAUAGACUAUCAAUUGAGAUCAUUAUUAAGAGUCAAUAAUUUGCCAUAUUAUACUUUAAUUGAUGAUGUUCAAAGUACCAUCAACAAUGAAAAAAAUGAACAAGCAACAGCCAGGCGAAUUUUUUCCGAUCGUAGCGGAAGAAUAUCAUUUAAACAAUAUGAAAGAUUCGAUACGAUAACUGGGUAUUUAAGAAAUUUAACAAAUUUAUAUCCAAAUUUAGUUAAAUUAAUAAACAUUGGUAAAAGUUAUGAAGGACGUGAUUUAGAAGUCUUGAAAAUAUCAUCAGGAGGUAAUGGAAAUAAACCAGCUAUCUUCGUUGAUGGAGGUAUACAUGCGCGAGAAUGGAUUUCACCAGCUACAGUUUUAUAUAUAAUAAAUCAAUUAGUUGAAAAUUAUUCCGAAAAUUCAGCUUUAACUGAUAAUAUUGAUUGGUAUAUUAUUCCAGUAAUCAAUCCAGACGGAUAUGAGUAUACACACACAAAGAGUCGAUUUUGGAGAAAAACGCGAUCACCUAAUGGGAGUAGUUGUCAAGGAACUGAUGCUAAUCGUAAUUUUGACUUUCAUUGGCGAGAAGUUGGUGCAAGUUCAAAUCCAUGCGCCGAAGAUUUUGCAGGAAGCAAACCUUUUUCAGAAAACGAAACUGUUGCAUUAUCAAAUUUUGCUUUAACCCUUAAGAAAAAUGUCAAAUUAUAUUUAACAUUCCAUAGUUAUGGCCAAUAUAUUCUGUAUCCAUGGGGCUGGACAAGUGCCUUACCAGAUGAUGUUGAUGAAUUAGAUACUCUUGGGCGUAAUGCAAAUACAGUAUCGGGUUACAAGUAUACAGUUGGAAGUUCCACAAAUGUUUUAUAUGCUGCAGCUGGCGGUAGUGAUGAUUGGUUCAAAGGAGUGGCUGGUGUAAAUCUUUCGUAUACUAUUGAACUACCUGGCGGUGGUUUAUCUGGUUUUGAUUUGCCACCAAGUCGAAUUGAAGAAGUUGUCCAAGAUACCUAUAAAAUGGUUAAAGUAUUUGCUUCAUAUAUUGAGGAAAAGUUUGUAAAUAAUUGAUUUUUGCAUCGCUAAUUUAUUAUUAUCUUGUAAUAAGUAAUUGAUUCGUUUUGUAAGAUUUUUUGUUAUGAUUUUCUAUAAUAAAGUUAAAUAAAGUGAUGAUUACAAA